UCCAACUUUCUCUGUGAUGGCGAUUGUUGACGGAGUGCCUCGGCCCUUGAUGGACACAGAGCUACGACGAAGUCUGUCUUCUGCAUCUAGUAGCUCCAACGACAAGGACGCCAUCCUUCCAUCGAGCACACCUUCCACCGGGCCUUCAUCCACUCGCCGAGGAAAGAAACUCGGUGGCAAGGCGUACACUCCAGACAGAUGCAAGCUGUGUCUGCGGCACUUCUCCCGACUGCUGCAGUGCAAACAGUGCUGCAACUGCAAAAACAUCGUGUGUGCGCUUUGUGCUCUGAAGAUCCCCAUGUUCCACUCGGAAAAGUCCAAGUUGGGCAAGCAUGCGCUGCACGCCCGCCUCUGCGCCAAUUGCUACGACACCAACAUCCUCAAUCAAGCAAACUCCGACUCGUCCGAGACCGACGGAGACAUCAACACACACGACCACGACGCUGACGAUGGAACGUUCAUCCUCGUCGACGAAGCCGACUCGGACGACGACGUGCCAUCUCGGCAAAGUCACACGGGACUCUGGCUGUCCCUUUUCACGGCAACCCUCUUGUUUGGAACGGUCAUGCUCGAAGACUUGGACUUGCUGCAUCGGGCAGGUAUCAUGGCGAUUCUGUACGUUGCGUUUGUGUUCAUCCAUCCGGCAUGGAGCGGCGGAACCUGCCGUGGUUCGUCGUUGGCCAAACCAUCGCGUCGAAUCUCCACUCGCCGCAAGUGCUCCACCAGCAGCAAUACCUCGGACGAUCUGUCCACCGACGCACCCUGCGCCUCCGCCGUCGUCCCGCUCACCGUCGACGACUACCGGCAGCGCAAGGCGGAACUGGCGGCGCGGUUCGAUGAACUCAAGGCAUCCACGGCAUGGGUCAAGAACGAGUCCAAGUCGAAAGGCGCGAUUUCUUUGUUUGAAAUCGAUUGCGGCGACGCGCAGCCGAUUUUCAAAGUGGAAGCGUUCGUGCCCGACGCCACCGCGGACCAGAUGCUCGCGUUCCUCUCCAGCGCCGAUCCAGCCGUCCGGAAAAAGUGGGACACAGGCAUGGCCGCGAACGAGGUCGUCGACGAGAUCGUCGUGGACGAUGUGACGGUGUCGGUCGUGCACAACACCCAAAAACCCCACGGGUUUGGACUCGUGAGUUCGCGUGACUUUGUGGUGCUGGCAUUCCAGCACUCUGAGCACGCGUACGUGCAGGGGGGGGUGGCCCGCCCGGACAUCGCCGUGAAAGGCGGCGUCCUGCGCGGGAAUGUGCACUUCAUCUCGUUCGAGUGCCAGCCGGCGGCGGACGGCGGCUUCCACAUGACGUACAUCAAUCACGUCGACAUUGGAGGCAGCGUGCCCAAGAGUCUGGUCGCCAACGGCACGGCGGACAAUAUGGUCAAGAUGAUGCACAUGUGCAUCGCGUCCAAGAAGAAGUGGUUCUCGUAACGUAGAUGUAUGUAUACGUGUUAGUUAAUUUCAAACUCUCGACGCGACAGGUUUUCUCCAA